AUGUGGUUUGAAGGUCCAAUAUGGCUCUCUCAAGACCAAGAAAAUUGGCCAGUAUUAACACCAACAAUUUCUGAUGAAUUGCCUGGUGUUCGGAAGAACGUUUGUUUAUUUUCUAUUCCUAAUGAUACCUUAGAACGUUUUUCUUCUUACACUAAACUCUUAAAUAUUUGUUCAUAUUGGCUCCGUUAUCUUAAAAAUAAUCCAUUUAAAUAUAAAGCUUUAAGUGUAGAGGAAAAAUUACAAACAGAAAUUAGAAUUUUAAAAAUAGUUCAAAAUGAACAAUUUUCUGCUGAAAUAGAACAAUUAAAAGAAACUGGUGAGACUAAAAAUUUACGUUUAAGAGGUCUUAAUCCAUUUAUUGACGAUAACGGUUUACUUAGAGUUGGUGGGCGUUUGAAACAUGCUCCAAUUUCAUUUACUAAAAAACAUCCAAUAUUAUUACCUUCGCAUCAUCAUAUUACUGAUAUAAUUAUACGAGAAAUACAUAAAAAUAGUUUUCAUUCAGGCAUACAAAGUACUUUAUCCAAUUUAAGACAUAAAUUUUGGAUAUUAGAUGGUAAAAACCAGGUAAGACAAAUUACACGCAAUUGUACUGACUGUAUAAAAAAUCGACCUGUACCAUUACAUGGCAAAAUGGCAUAUUUACCUAGUUCUAGAGUCAGUGAAUCAACCCCAUUUUCUCAUGUAGGUGUUGAUUAUUUUGGACCAUUGUUUAUUAAAGAACGUAAAUAUAGAAAUAGGACUACAAUCACAAUUUAUGGUUGUGUUUUUAUUUGUAUGGCAACUAAAGCAGUACAUAUUGAAAUUGCCAGUGAUUUAACUUCUGAUGGUUUUCUGGAUGCCUUCGGACGAUUUAUAGGUCGUCGAGAUAUUCCUUCUCAUGUAUACUCAGAUAAUGGUACUAGUUUUAUUGGAGCAAAUAAUCAAUUACGUGAAUUAUACAAUUUAUUCACACCACAAUCACACCAGAAUUUAGUUAACCAAUAUGCAAUACAGAAAAACAUCAACUGGAGUCUAUUAGUAUUGUAUUACAUUGCGAACGAAGCGAGCUCUGAUGAUGGCAAAGACCAAAGUCAGGCUGAAGAUGUCGUUAAUGUAAAAGAGGGGCAAGAAGCUGUAGAUUUUCAAGGUAAAGAAGAAUAA